AUGACCAAAGGCAGCCUCACCCACCGACCUGCACCUCACAACGAGGCUGCUCGAGCUUGGUUCGAACACUCCUCCGCUCCACGCGUAAACACCGACGCCGUCGUCGUCGAAGCUCUCCGUGCCGAGUAUCCAGAGCUCCAUCUGACAGUCGUCCCACGUCCGCAAUGUGACAUCCUCGCAUACGCCUCUGCUGGACACGCAGGCGUUGCUCCCAUCGAUAAUGCCAAAGACCGCCUGUCAUGGCGUGUAUACGUCCCUCCUGCGUCUCGUCUCAACGGGAAGGGCAUUCUCGCCGACGACCUCAAGUUUGGGAAAUACCUGAUCGAUUGGAGGAACAAGGAGUUUGUGGUCUACGUGGCAGAAGCAAGAGAUGGUGAUAGUGCAUACCCAGACUUGCGUCAGCAAUACGUCCUCUCGUCCUCUGUCGAUGCUACAACGGCACUGCUCCUCGAAGCGGGACAGUACGGCAACCUCCUCCACGAAGAAGUCUGGGUCUUCGAUCGCGGCUACUGGCAGAAGAGCAAGGAACUCUACGAGUCUGUACAAAAGGCAAGGUGGGAAGACGUCAUCCUCGAGCCCGGCAAGAAGAAGAUCAUUGUGGACGAUACCUUGGACUUCUUCAACAGCAGAGGAACGUACGAGAAGCUGCGCGUGCCGUGGAAGAGAGGAAUCAUCUACUAUGGACCGCCGGGUAAUGGCAAGACGAUCUCGAUCAAGGCGUUGAUGCAUAGUCUGUACGAUAGGGAUGAUCCUAUCCCGACGCUUUACGUCAGGACAUUGUCGAGUCCUGCUGGGCCUGAGUAUAGUCUGGGUCAGAUUUUCUCUCUGGCGAGACGGACAGCACCGUGUCUUCUGGUGUUCGAGGAUCUGGAUAGUAUUGUGUCUGAUCAGGUCAGGUCGUACUUUUUGAAUGAGGUUGAUGGUAUCAAGAAGAACGACGGUAUCUUGAUCAUUGGAUCAACAAACCAUCUUGAUCGCCUCGACCCUGGCAUCGUCAAGCGUCCUAGCCGCUUCGACAGGAAAUAUCUCUUCCCGAACCCGGACGAGAAAGAACGAGCUCUGUACAUGAAGUACUGGCAAGGCAAGCUGUCAGACAACAAGGACCUCGACUUCCCAGACAAGCUCUGCCCUGCGAUAGCCAAGAUCACGAAGGGCUUCUCAUUCGCUUACCUGCAAGAAGCAAUGGUCGCCGCCCUGCUAGCCAUCGCUCGCGAGGACGAGUACAGCGAGCGGGUCUGCCUGGAGUGUCUACAGGCUCACGACAAGCCAUCGAAUGGCAGCAGUUGUGACAAGGAAGGUGUCAGGCCAUUCAAAGGCUUGUAUGAUUAUGUCUGGUUGACGAAGCAGAUGGAUGAAGACGACAAAGAUCUGGACAAUUAUGUGCUGUGGAGGGAAAUCAAGAAGCAGGUGCGCAUUUUGCGAGAAGAGCUUGGAGAUGAUACAAAGCGUGCUUACGGGGAGCGACCAACUUGA